AUGGAAGUAUUUGGGAAUAUGAAGAAAAGGGUGGUAGAUUUAGAGGAAGUUUCUAGUUUCCACCAAGGAACACCUGGGAUAGACUUAGAAAACUAUUUUAAACAGUUGAAACAUCUCAUGGAAAAACAAAUUAAGAUUUGUACCUGCCAGAAAUAUAAGAUUUACCCAAAUUCUUCUGGCAGCAGAUACACCUUUCCACCUGCUGGCCAAAGUUUAUUACAUUUCUUUCCUGAAGAUCACUUGGAGGACACUAUGGCCUCCGUUGUUCAUAAUGUGGAAGGUGUUCUGGACAGAAUGGUCUCCUCCUAUUCAAAAGGUCUACAGGAGGUCGACUUACAGGAGUACUUCCUCAAGGUGAAGGAACUUGGAGAAGGAGGCUAUGGAAGAGUAUUAUCGGCAAACCACAGGAUAACAGGUCAAAAAAUGGCAUUGAAGAUCAUGGAUAAAAACAGAAUUAGCCAGCGGUCUUUCCUUCAGGAGUUCAGUAUUUCAUACUUACUUUCUUCUCAUCCCAACAUCAUCGGAUGUUAUGGCAUCGCCUUCACCACCAUCGAUUACUUCGUCUUUGUCCAAGAACUGGCCCCUGUUGGUGAUCUGUGCUCCAUGAUUUUACCACAUGUGGGAAUUCCAGAAGAUUCUGUUAAAAGGUGUGCUGUACAGAUCUCCAAUGCUCUCGAAUUCAUGUCCGAGAAAGGACUUGUUCAUAUGGAUUUGAAGCCAGAAAACAUUUUGGUGUUUGACAAGGACUGUCACUCCAUCAAGAUCACAGACUUUGGCCUUGCUAAGGUCAAAGGAACAGUGAUAACCUCCAGGUCUGGCAGCAAAUUCUACAUGGCCCCAGAAUUGCGUGACAUAACCAUCUCAGAUGGACUGGUUGUAGAUGGAAGCCUGGAUGUGUGGUCGUUUGGUUUCAUCAUCUACUGCCUACUCACAGGGGAGUUUCCAUGGACGGUAGCCACCCUUGAUGAUUAA